AGCAGAAGAAGAAACUCGUAUAUCCCCAAAGUCUCCAACUUUACAGGGGGAAUGAUGAUGUACUGUCCAACAAUCCCUUCACAUUUACAGUUUUGCCACUACACUUAUCUUUCUCUUCCUUCUCAUUUCGAUUCCACUUUCCGAUCAUCCCACAAUAACCCGAGUCUCGUUUCGAUUGCCCUAGAAAAACCCAGAAUUUCUCAUUCCCUUAAGUGCUUUGCAUCAUCUUCAAUGGAGACGACGACUCCGGAACAGAGCAGCGAGACCAAACCUUACUCUGUUCUUUUCGUCUGUCUAGGGAACAUCUGUCGGAGUCCAGCAGCUGAAGGUGUGUUUAGAGAUAUUGUGAAGAAGAGAGGUCUCGAUUCUAAAUUCAACAUUGAUUCCGCUGGAACCAUUGAUUAUCACGAGGGGAAUAUGGCGGAUCCUAGAAUGAGAAGUGCUGCGAAACGUCGCGGGAUUGAGAUAACAUCAUUAUCCAGACCGAUUAAGGCAUCUGACUUCAAGGAAUUUGAUCUCAUUCUUGCUAUGGAUGAACAGAACAAAGAGGAUAUAUUGAAGGCUUAUAAUGUAUGGAAAGCCAGAGGGAAUUUCCCGCCCGAUGCAGAUAAGAAGGUUAAGCUAAUGUGUUCGUAUUGCAAGAAACACAAUGACAAGUUUGUUCCUGAUCCAUAUUAUGGUGGAGCUCAAGGUUUUGAGAAGGUACUGGACUUGCUUGAAGAUGCUUGUGAGUCUUUGCUGGACAGUAUCACCGUGUAA